AUGUCCAGCCUGGUGCGAAUCGGCAAUGCGUCGUUGGUGCGUAACCUGGUAAACCACUCGCUACGCAGCGCUCGGUUGAUUUCCUCAUCGCAGAAUAAUCGUGACGCUGCCACCCUCGACAUCCCGAAGAAGGCGGCAGCUCCAAGCAGUGCGGCUGCAUCCUCAUCAGUCGGUUCCGGCCGUAACUGGGUGAGCUAUGGUUUCGACUCCAACGAUGAAGCGCACGACCGCAGUGUCACGAAUGCAUCGUUCUUCUUCACUGUCACACUGUGCCUGGUGUUGGGCAGUGCCUACUGGGCCUACGUGCCGGAUCCACAGCUGCAGGACUGGUCGCAGCGUGAAGCAUACCUAGAGCUGCGUCGCCGAGAAGCGGCUGGACUGGAACCGAUCAGCAAGGACUUUAUCGAUCCCGCCCAGAUUGUGCUGCCAUCGGACGAAGAGCUUGGCAACACCGAAAUCAUCAUCUAA